AUGGACACUCCCUUGGAUAUUCAAGGUGGGAAUGUUUUUUUUUGGAGGGAAAUGGAGGAAAAGGGAAAUUUAAGGGAAAUGAUGGUGAAAAGCCGUUUUCAGUUAGAUUUCAGGUGGGAAUUUCUGUUUUUUUUUUAUUAAGGGGUCUUUUAAGUGAAAUUAUGGUUAAAAUUAGGUUUAAGGUCGGAAUUUCUUUUCUGAAGGGAUCCUUUAAGGGAAUUGUUAAUGAAAGGUCAUUUUUAGUUAGAUUCAAGGUGGGAAUGUUCUUUUUUUUGGAGGGAUCAUUCAAGUGAAUUGAUGGUUAAAGUUAGAUUAAGGGGGGAAUGUCGUUUUUGGAGGGGUCUCUUAAGGGGAAUAAUGGUUAAAGUUAAAUUUCAGGGGGGCGGGGGAUUUUCUUUUUUUUAAGGGGUCUUUCAAGGGAAAUUAUGGUUAAAGUUAGGUUUAAGGUCGGAAUUUCUUUUCUGAAGGGAUCCUUUAAGGGAAUUGUUAAUGAAAGGUCAUUUUUAGUCAGAUUCAAGGUGGGAAUGUUCUUUUUUUUGGAGGGAUCAUUCAAGUGAAUUGAUGGUUAAAGUUAGAUUAAGGGGGGAAUGUCGUUUUUGGAGGGGUCUCUUAAGGGGAAUAAUGGUUAAAGUUAAAUUUCAGGGGGGCGGGGGAUUUUCUUUUUUUUAAGGGGUCUUUCAAGGGAAAUUAUGGUUAAAGUUAGAUUUAAGGUCGGAAUUUCUUUUUUGAAGGGGUCUUUUAAGGGAAAUGAUGGUUAAAGUUAGAUUGAAGGGGGAGUUUCUUUUUUUUUUUUUUGAAGGGGUCUUUUGAGUGAAUUGAUAAUAAAAGUUCAUUUUAAGUUGGAUUUAAUCUUGGAAAUCCUUUUUUGAAGAGAUCUUUCAAAUUAAUCGAUAAUAGAAGCUGAUUUUUCAGUUAGAUUUUCCGGGAAAAAUCUUCGAAUUCCCUAAUAAAAUUAAUGAUAAAAAGUAAUAUUCACAGCCUGGAGAGCGAUCUAUCGCAACAUGUCCGAGCCGUUUCUACUCGAAGAAAAGCUCCCAACUCGGGAUCCAUUCGUCCUGUUCGACCUCUGGUUGGCUUGAAUCCAAAAAUCCCUUCAAUUUGUAAAAUAAAUAGCGUGACAGGUUCCGCGACGUCGCCACCCAUCGGGAGCUCAGUUUCGAGGAAUUGAAUGCCGUUUGCUUGUCGACCGUCGGAAGGUUCUGAAAAUUGGCCUUUUUUAAAUCCCCAUAAUGAAGCAAAAGUAUCAAGAAAAAUGCAUAUGACAGAUAAAUUCAUGGGAAAAAUUUCCACUAAUGAUAGUUUUUUUCUAGUUCUUUUUGAUGACCUUUUUAUCGAAAAAAAGUCCUAGUUCUUGGUGAAGAAAAAAAUCAAGGAAAGUUACGAAAAAAAGUAAAAAGAUUUUUUUGGGGUUUAUUCAAUAAACUGUAUUUUAGCGAUUUUUUUCAAAAAAAUAUAAAAUUUUUUUGUCUAUUGUAAUAAAAAGCCUAGAAGGGAAAAAUUUUUCAUUUUGAGUUCAUUUUUUUCAACUUUUUCUGUGAACGCUUUUUCCAAGCCAUUUUUUGAAUACGAAAACUUGAUAAUUUUCUAUCAAAUUUUUUAAACAGAAGGCUUUUUGAUUUUUUUUUUUAAACAGAAGGCCUUCAAGAAAUUCGUCUAUGUUCCUUCGAAAACUUCUUCUUUUCAAACUACCUUCUUUCACCUUGAAAUAAUAUAAUACUCAGAGAUUCCCGUCCCUCCUCGAGAAUGGUCCUGAUGAAGGCCUAUUCGACGAAAGGCGUCAGUUUCUACACGAACUACGACAGUCGCAAGGGCGUUCAACUCAGUGAGAAUCCCAACGCCUCGAUGCUCUUCUACUGGCCCAAAGUUCAUCGGCAGGUACAUUAUGAAUCGAAAAAUAUUCCAUUUUUUUCUGCUCGGAACGAAGAAAAAGCGGUGGCUAGUUCAAAAAUUACCGCUUAAGUGAAAUUUUUUUCUGAAAAUAAUCUUUAAUUACCUAAAAUGAAUUUCCAAGGCACCUUUUUUUCACCUAAUUGGUUACUCUCCUGAAAAAAAAACCUGCCGAACACUAAGAAUUUAAAAUUUUUUUGAUUGGCUUCAAAAAUGAAUCGAGAACGAAUUUGCACGGGUUUCAAACCGAGAACUGAGUUCCUCCAGAGUGGUCCCUAUAGGGGCGCUUGGAGUGUGUGAGUGUUCCCUCUAGGGAUCUUUUUACAACCUCUAAAGGGGUCACUAAGCGUUGCAAAAGUGGAAACUAUAGUGUAACGCGGGAAAAUGUUCCCCUCAUUUCCCGGUUAAAUGUGUAGCGGAUUUUAAUGCGAACUCGGCUUGAAUCUUUAUUUCGUGGCGCACGCUAGCAGUGCGCCAUGCCAGAGUGAUGUUGUAAUCAAUAGAGAGGGCGAGUGCCUCAGGCGCCGCCUCUCUUGGCACAUGUUCACAAAGCAUGAUGAAAUGUUGCGAUGUUAAAAGGAGAACCAUUACAUCCAACCCCUGGACAAAAGACUCGUCCCGAGGCUUUACAAAGAACGAUGGAUGAUACUUAACAUAGUAAAUUACUAGAGCAAUUUAAGAGAAAAGCACCACAUCCCGGGCGUCGACGAAAGUCUCGUCCUCGAGGCUUCAGGAUCUUAAAAGAAUGGUUCUCAAGUGAACAUGUGAAAUAAAAAUCGGAUGGUAUGUGCCGGACUUUGGCUUGCCAAGUUCGCUUAACAACUGAUGCUACUUCAAUUUUGAGAAAAGAGAGUUUACAUUUGAAAUGAAUAAGGUCUCUGAUGACAGAUUUUUAAAGAUAUUCAGUGAUACAAUUUCUAUGAGGACAGCCACGCUCAAACUGUACAAUUAACAACUGUUACAUUCAUCCCAUAUGUAGACAGAGUUUGAAUCAGAAAUUGGUUUUUUUAAAUUAUCACUUCCAUUUUUUGAGAAAAACACAUCAGAGAUAAAGGAAAUGAACAGACUAAGUGUACUUGCGUAACCGACCAAACCGCAAGUCGCCGGGUGUUCUUCUUCUGUUCAGGUGCGACUUCGUAGAUGUCUCGUACGCCAACCAAAAAACGUGCGAGUGCCAGAUAGAGUCUUUGAAGUAGAAUAGAAUAACUGGUAGCAAUCAGUGUGGCCGGAUUAUCUGUCGUAGGUCGAAUAGGGGAAGACAGAAGUUCACCUUCUGCUAGAUGGAAUAUAGCAGAAGUAUCCGGGACCUCCAUGUAACGCGGGAAAAUGUUCCCCUCAUUUCCCGGUUAAAUGUGUAGCGGAUUUUAAUGCGAACUCGGCUUGAAUCUUUAUUUCGUGGCGCACGCUAGCAGUGCGCCAUGCCAGAGUGAUGUUGUAAUCAAUAGAGAGGGCGAGUGCCUCAGGCGCCGCCUCUCUUGGCACAUGUUCACAAAGCAUGAUGAAAUGUUGCGAUGUUAAAAGGAGAACCAUUACAAUAGGGGUUUUAGUAAGUGGCCCCUGUAGGGGACAUUCUAGUCGAUUAUUUCUAUGAACUUUUUGUGAAGAAGCAUUUCCACGCGAAAAACUUGAUAAAUAAGCGUUUUUGAAUGAAAUUGAUUGACCCCUAUAGGGUCCACUUGAGCUUUAGGGUCUAAGGGGCCAGAUCCAAAAUCCCUCUAGGGACCACCCGCAUUUUACUUCUGUAGGGACCACUUAAGCUUUACGCGCUAAGGGCUCAGACUGUCAACCCCUAUAGGGACCACCUUGAUUUUACCCCUCUAGGAACCACUUUUUCGGCCCCCAUAAGAGCUGCUUACCUUCCUAACCCCUAUAGGGAUCACUCUAAAACUCCUAAGUAUGCCUCUUUCGAAGUAGAUUCCGCGAAAAUAUCUCUGACCCUCCAAAAUUUAUUUAUCUUUUUCUUUCUCUGACGACUAUUUUGAACUCUGCUGAAUCACUUUUUACACGAUAAUAGUACUGUAUACCUUUAUUAAACUUCUUUUUCCAGAUCCGAAUCGAAGGCGAGGUGGAAAAAUUGCCGAUGGAAGCCGCCGUGGCGUAUUGGAAUUCCCGGCCUCUAGCCAGUCGUAUCGGAUCCAAGGCCAGCAAGCAAAGCACCACGAUUCCGGAUCGGCAGGUCCUCCUGAAAACUAAAUUUUAGAGAAAAUUAAUGAUUUUCUAGUUCCUUGAAGACCGGAAAGCCGAGCUGGAGAAGCUAGCCGCUGAACAAGGCGAGGAGGCCAUCAGCAAGCCGGAGUCUUGGUAAGAAUCCAUUCAGUUUCGUUUUUAAAAAUAUUUUUCUAUCUUUAAAAUUAGUAAAGUUGUCUCGAAAAGCUGGUUUUUUUUUGAUAAGAAAGAUUCGAAUUUUCUAAAAACUAAUCCGAAAAACAACACCGAUUUGCUGAAAUUUCAUCAUUUUGAUCCUUGUCAAGAAAAUAAAUGAAUAUAGUUUGCUCACAUUUUGAACUUCAAGUAGCUAACUCCGCCUCCAAGGCUACAAUAUCUUUCGCGUCAAUGUUUCAACUCCAUAUGAACCUUUAAUAAGACUUUUUUUUUUUUGACUUCUUUUCCUAUCUUUUAGAACGAAAAAGAUAAAAAAUCAUGAGAAAAGAGACUGUGCCCGCAGGGGCGGAGUUAGCUGCAUUUGAAAUCUGAUCGGACUAUCGAAACUUUUCAUUUUAUCAAUAUUGAUAGCUUUCGGUAUAUGACGUUACCACCGGAAAAACGAAAAUUUGAGGAAUUAUCCUCAAGAAGUACAAGAAAGUAGGUGCUAACUAUCAAAUGAGUUAAAAUUGAAUGUCUAUCAGUUUUUUUAACGUGAGCUAUUUUUAAACUCUCAUCCUUUCGAAUAUAUUUUUGCAACUGAAUUGAAGAAGACACCAUUUUAUUUUCGAUUUUUUCUCGAAAAUCCGGAACUUAUAAUUUUUUUUAAGCGAAGAGAGGGCUCAAAAACGAAAAUUUGAGAAAUUAUCCUUCAGAAAUACAAGAAAGUAGGUGCCAACUAUCAAAGGAAUUAAUGUUGAAACGAGCCGUUUUUCAGGAUAAAACUUGAGGAUCCAAAAAUAGUUGAAAUCGAACUUUUACACAAUUAUCUACUCGAUGAAAAUUUUCAAAAAAAUUUUUUUUUCUUUUUAAAAUUUUACACCACUCUCGUCUUGUGCUAGAACUUCAUAAAGCCGUGUUUUCAAAUUUAUUUGCGCGAAAAUUCAAUUCAUCUUUAAUUCUCCAAAAUUUGACAUAUUUUUCACUCCCUGACGGUUGUUUUGAACCUAACGGAAUAAAGUUUGAGAACCCAUAUUUUUACCGUUUAUUUUCGCCUUGACUUGGUAUUUUCUCACAGGGGCGGCUUCAUCCUGAUCCCGCGGUACUUUGAAUUCUGGCAAGGUCAAUCCGACCGCCUUCACGAUCGGAUCGUCUUCGAGAAGGACAGCGACGUCUGGACGCUCAAGCGAAUUUCUCCAUGA